AACGAACACAUGGCUACCUCUAAUUGGAACUGGUGAUCUGUGUUACAGAUGGACCUGAUGGUAUGGAAAUAAUGGGUCCAUCUGAAAUAGAAGUUGGACAGAAGUUUACAUUGACCUGCUCUGCUGACUCCAUACCGACUUCUAGUUACACCUGGGUGCUUAACGGGACAGAGAUACCUGGACAUUCACCUGAGUUCACUAAAGAGAAGAGUGAAUACUCUGACAGUGGGGAUUACACCUGUACAGCAACAAAUGAKGUCACUGGAAAYAAAACAUCUGWGGUCCAUAAACUGUCAGUAAAAGCAGAGGGCUCAUUAUCACCAGUUCUGCCUGCUGGUGCCAUCAUUAGGAUUGUGAUUAGAGUAUUGCUGGUUGUGGGAGGGGCAGUUGGUGUUGCAGUGUUAUUCAUCAGGAAAAAUGGAACCAAUGCUGAGCCAAUGCAUCGAGGAGGUUCUCAACAACCUGUAUAUGAGAACCCUUCAUCUGUAUGUGAAAACCCACAACAAAAUCAAUCUCCACCUCUACCCCUGACAGAAAGGCAGGACUUCAAGAGUAUGUAUGAUACUAGGAUAAUGUGAGAGAAGUCAAUGGAAAAGACCUCCAUUCAAACACCAUUGACAGCUUUGCACACUCUUGGCAUUCUCUCAACCAGCUUCACCUGGAAUGCUUUUCCAACAGUCUUGAAG